CCUUCCCCGCGAUUGGUCCGUUGGCAGACGUGCCAGCAGACGUGGCGUGUUCCUCUUGACUUCUUCUUCCCCCGCUAAGUUUAGUCUGCCGAUCUGGCAAGUGUUUUGCCCCGGCUUUCCUCUCUUUCCACGAUCAAAGCCCAUUCAAUAAGCAUCAAAAUGAAGUCAUUAUGUGUCGCUGUGCUGCUCCUGGCCCUCAGUGGCCUGGUGAUGUCAGCGGAGGAGGAUAGCACUUCACAAGCCAAGCUGCUUGUAAGCAAGCAGAUUCUUAACAAGUAUCUUGUUGAAGAUAUGGACAUUGUUCUUAAGUAUUCGCUUUACAAUGUGGGUAGCAGUGCCGCCGUUAAUGUGGCUCUGAAAGACAAGAGCUUCCCUCCUGAAGUCUUUGCUGUUGUUGGUGGCAGCUUGGACUUGCACAUCGACCGCAUUCCUCCUGGCACCAACGUAUCUCAUGUUGUCGUUGUCAGACCUCGUCAGCCUGGUUAUUUCAACUUCAGUGCCGCUGAAUUGAGCUACUUGGCUUCAGACGAUGCUAAGGAACCUCAGUUGGGUGUCUCCAGCGAGCCUGGUGAAGGUGGAAUUAUUGCUUUCCGUGACUACGACAAGAAAUUCUCCCCCCAUGUUCUGGACUGGGCUGCAUUCGCUGUCAUGACCCUGCCCUGUCUGGCCAUUCCAUUCCUGCUCUGGUGGUCCAGCAAAUCCAAGUACGAGGCUCUAGUUAAGUCCCACAAGAAGAGCAAGAGCAGUUAAGACUGAAGUUUGAGCAUGCUCAAUUUGUUUAUUUUUGUUUUUUUAUAAUUAAACUGGUCUCUCCUGUGGAGAGUUAAUUUAUAUUUACA